AUGGCUUAUGCGUAUCUUUUUAAAUAUAUUAUUAUUGGCGAUACGGGUGUUGGUAAAUCUUGUUUAUUACUUCAAUUUACCGAUAAACGAUUUCAACCUGUACAUGAUCUAACAAUUGGUGUUGAAUUCGGAGCACGCAUGAUAACAAUUGAUGGAAAACAAAUAAAACUACAGAUUUGGGAUACAGCUGGACAAGAAAGUUUUCGUUCAAUAACUCGUUCAUACUAUCGUGGUGCAGCUGGUGCUCUACUCGUUUAUGAUAUAACACAGCGUCAUACAUUUAAUCAUUUAACCAGUUGGCUGGAAGAUGCACGACAACAUUCAAAUUCAAAUAUGGUUAUUAUGCUUAUUGGCAAUAAAUGUGAUCUUUUUGCUCGACGUGAAGUACAAAAAGAAGAAGGUGAAGCAUUUGCACGAGAACAUGGAUUAAUAUUCAUGGAAACGUCAGCUAAAACAGCAGCAAAUGUUGAAGAGGCAUUCAUUAAUACAGCUCGUGAAAUUUAUACUAAAAUUCAAGAAGGUGUUUUUGAUCCAACAAAUGAAGUUAAUGGUAUUAAAAUUGGCCCUCAGAAUAUUAAUUCAGCACCUGGAACUAAUCGUCCAAAUGUUAAUUCAAAUGAAAGAGGUGGAUGCUGUUAA